GAAGGGGCGUGGUCACGGGCGGAAGGGGGGUCGGAGCGGUGCGUUUGUCGCUGAGGCAGUUCCGGAAGUCUUGCACGAGGAAUGGCCUCAGAAGGGAAGAACAAGCUUCAGAAAAAGAAAAGCGCGGGGCGCACGGCGCGCGUGGACGACGGCGGAGGGAGCGCGGCCGGGGACUACCUGGUGGGACAGGUCGCCGACAGCCUGUUACGUGGCGUGCGCGCUCCGCGAGGCAGCGACACCACGCUGACCGCCCUCUUCAGCGCCUCGGCGCCGCGGGCCCUCCCGGUGUACGUCCCCGCGCCACAGGAACCCUCGCGGAAGCGGGGGCGCGAGCCGCGGGAGGAGAGCCCACCCCAGGGUCGCAGGCCACUUUUGCAGGAACCUGCAAAAAAGACGAAAGCGAGGAAGAAACUGUCCGAGACGGAGGCCAGGUUGGCCGACAGGGAAAGUGCUCUAGCAAGUGCUGAUUUAGAAGAAGAAAUUCAUCAGAAACAAGGGCAGAAAGGGAAAAAUUCCCAGUGUAGUAUUAAAGUAACUGAUAGACACAACUGCAAUGUAAGUCAAAGAAAGAAAAUUGAGAUCAAUCAAGAAGAAGAAAGAUUAAAGAAUGAGAGGACUAUAUUUGUUGGGAACUUGCCUGUCACAUGUAAUAAGAAGAAACUGAAGUCAUUUUUUAGGGAGUAUGGACAAAUAGAAUCUGUGCGGUUUCGUUCUCUACAGAUUCCAGCAGAAGGAACUCUAUCCAAAAAGUUGGCAGCAAUAAAACGUAAAAUUCAUCCUGAUCAGAAAAACAUUAAUGCUUAUGUUGUGUUUAAGGAUGAGUUUGCUGCUACAAAAGCACUGAAAAGAAAUGGGGCCCAAAUUGCAGAUGGAUUUUGUAUUCGAGUUGAUCUUGCAUCUGAGACCUCGUCUAGAGACAAGAGAUCAGUAUUUGUGGGGAAUCUCCCAUUCAAAGUUGAAGAAUCUGCUGUGGAGGAGCAUUUUUUGGACUGUGGGAGUAUUGUGGCAGUGAGGAUUGUGAGAGACCCAGUUACAGGAGUAGGCAAAGGAUUUGGCUAUGUGCUCUUUAAGGACACAGAUGCUGUUCAUCUUGCUCUGAAAUUAAAUAAUUCUGAGCUAAUGGGAAGAAAACUCAGAGUCAUGCGUUCUGUGAAUAAGGAAAAAUUAAAACAGCAAAAUUCAAAUCCAGGUUUGAAAAAAGUCAGUAAACCUAAGCAGAGUCUUAAUUCUGCUUCCAAAGAUGCAGGACAUUCUAAACGUGUAUUUAUUGGAGAAAAGGCUGUUCUGAUUAAAAAGAAGAAGAAAGGACAGAAGAAAAGUAGACAGGCUAAGAAACAGAGAAAACAGAAGUAGCCGUCGGAAGCCUAUGCUCUCUUUCCUGUAGAGGACUGCUGAUUUAAGUGGAUGAACCCAGGAAUUGAGUCAGGAUGUUUAUGGAUCCUAUGUGUGAAAUAUGAAGACUUCCACAGCCUUAGUUGGUUUGCAUCAUAAUACUACCUUUGCAGCAUUUGUUUUUAGAUGCAGGCAAACUAGUUACCAUGGAUUAUGUGUCACUACUAAAGGUACAAGAGAUGACUUUGGACCUAAGAUGAAUGUUAAGAUUUUAAUGAUUAUUUAUUAGUUUAUAUUAGAAAUACACAUUUUUAUACUUCAGAUGGUGAUUGCAAGAAUAUUAUUACUUGGAAUGAGACUAAGUUAAAAAGUAAGUAAACUUAAAAGCAAAUCUUAAUACUGAUUGCACUUAGACCACGUCUAAUAGCCUCAAAGUGGGAAUGCUGAUCCCAAGUCUAGUCAUAAACCCUGAGAAAGAUUCAAGAACUGUUGUAGAAUAUCUACUCAUUUUUCUUUCCUUGCACUUGAGACAGUGUACUUCUGUAUUCUUAUCUCAUUCCACUAACCCAGUAAUAACUAACCAACAAGAAUAUAAAAUGAAAUGUGGCUCUCAUUUCUUAUAUGUAACCAGUGACUAGAUUGGUUAUUGAAAUCCUUGGCAUAUUGGUCAUCAGUUUCCACUUUUUAUUUUAAUUUGAAAAAUGUUCUUGGAAAAUUUGUGUUCCUUAAAUAGUGUCACUGUGUAGAAUAAAAUGGUCUUUCCAGAAAAAAAAAAUAAUUUUUAAGAAAAAGUUUUCUAAUAAAAUACAGUAAGGCACAAAGUAUAAAGAAAGUUCAACAAGGGAAGAGAAUAGCACUGCAUUCACCUAGUGACAAGCUGGUGUCCUUUCAGUGAUCUUAUCAAGCUGAGCGGUAUACAGGAGGGAGGCCUGGUGUUGGGGGAGGUAGAUGAUGGUGGCUGAUCUCUGGCAGGCAGAACCUUCAGUGAACAAGGGGUGCAGUCAAGGGAAAGUGAGUUAUAGCUGAUUUGAAAAUCCUGUCUGAGAAGUAACACACGGAAGACCUAGUGGAUCUUUUUUUUUUUUUUUUUUUUUUUAAUAUUUUAUUUUCUUUAGUUUUCGGCAGACACAACAUCUUUGUUUGUAUGUGGUGCUGAGGAUCGAACCCGGGCUGCACGCAUGCCAGGUGAGCAUGCUACCUACCGCUUGAGCCACAUCCCCGGCCCCCUAGUGGAUCUUUAAAAUAGCUCUGUAGAGAGUUGAAAGAGCUUCAUUUUCCUGUAUCCAAGGACUGCACAUUUUAUAUUUGGUAUCCCUUAUGGCAUUUAGAAAUUUGAGUUUUUGUAAGUAGGGUUCAGUAAGUAUUUGUUAGCCAAUCAUUGUUGAGCAUUUUGCACAUAUUUCUAGUAAAAUAAAAAUGCAACAUCUGUAGACUAUAGAUUUUAUGGCCAUAUGUAGCCUUUGCAUACACUUGUGACCUAUGAAUUGAUAGCUUUUGAAAACACAACAGUAACAUUAAAAUUUUACUUCAUGUUUGUUACUGUUUAAUUGAAAUUUGUACUUUCUCUAGGCGGAAUUUGCAUGUGUUUACUAUAUAGUUUAAAACACAUGACUUAGGGAGAAAGGAAAUAUGUGUUUUGUAGAAAAAUCCCCAGAUAUUUUGUGUAAUUCUUUGUUACCUGAAAAAAAUACUGGUGGUAUGCUAUAUGUGAUUAAAUUUUUAGCAACAAGAGUUAUAUAUGGGUGGUCAACAGUGGCUAGACUUUAAUGAUUGUAAAUAAAGAUUAUUGGUUGUCUUGACUGAU